GUAAAAUGACCAUAUCCUUGAUACCUCUGGUGCUGUGUUCUAUUUUUCUGACUACAUGCUUCAGUGAUAAUAGAGUUUCUGUUACUUUGGUUCCGAAAUGGAGAAAUACACCCCUGUUAUCCGAAGCCAGUGAAUACGUUGCUCGGGAAUCAAAUUCUGCAUUCUGGCAAUUUUUAGAUUUUAUAUCAAAUGACUUAGACUUCAUGAAAACAAAUCUAAUGUCUCCUACAGAUGAUUACUUGUUGAUAUCUAACAACAGACUAUUGGAGAAACGAGUUAAAGAGCUUGCUAUUCAGGCUAUCGGUGCUAGUAAUUUAAAAAAUAGCUCUUUAGAAAUGCAUAAUCGACUGUUUACUUUGUCCAUCUCAUCGAGAAUGUUUUCACCCACAGUUGAAAUGUCGCAUCAACUUGCUCUGACUGAUGCAAGUUAUUUGUUAAAUUGUUCACGUGAGAGUGUUUUAGAGGAAUUAGCAAGUCGAAGCUCUGGAGUAGCUUGGGUUCUUGUCGGGUCCAGCGCUAUUUUUUCCAUUGACAAACUCAAGGAAUCUAUUGAAAAAGCUGGAGACCUUAAUUCACAACCAACUUUGUUUCCACUCGAGAAAGUGUAUUCAUCACCAAAAUACACUUCAAACAACAUUCCUACAGUGAUUCUCUAUGGAGAUUUAAGUCAUCACCAAUUCUAUUCAUGGCAUAAAACUUUAAAAGCAUUGUCAGAUGAUGGUUUGUGUAAUUAUGCAUUCAGACAUUAUUUUCAGAAUCGAAAUUUGGGUGAAACAAGGUUAAAUGGUUAUGGUGUAGAGCUUGCAUUGAAAAGCACUGAAUACAAGGCUAUGGAUGAUACGAAAUCAGAAGAGGCGGACAAUGUAUCAUCAAAAGAAACAGAUAAAAUUAUCGACAUACCAAUUGUUGCAGGAUUUAAUUUUACACAAUUGCAUACUAUUCAUCCUGAAUUAACAAAAGAACUUAAUGAAUUUCAUAGUCAUCUACUUGCUACAGAUGAUGAAUUACGUCCAUUGAAAGCUUGGCAAUUUCGUGAUUUAAGUUUACAAGCUUGUCAAACAGUGAUGGAUGCAUUUGCAUCAAAUAUGAAUCAUGAAAGUUUUAUUGGAUCGUAUAUUAAUUCAGGUUUAUGGAAUUUACGUGAUAUUAGUCAAAAUUUACCGGCACGAGCAAGCCGUCUUGUCAAUGUAAAUGUUAGUUCAAGCCUUCGUACAGAGUCAAAUAAAAAUCAACAUAUUCUAUCUGGAACAUAUGGUAUACAACCUGGUCAAAGUUUACUUCUUUUAAAUGGUAUUUUACUUUCACCAUCUGUUGAUCUAUUUGCUUUGUUGGAUGUAAUACGUCAAGAGUUCAAGAUGAUGACUCAACUACAUGAUUUAGGCAUACCAGGUCCAAAUAUUUCACAACUAAUCAUUGAUUAUGGUUCAUCAAGUGGUUCUGCUUCCACAUCGAAUGAUCCAAGUAUACCAGGUGCAAGACAUAGUUUAUCGAAUCAAUUUGUACUGGAUUUAUCCAAUGCACCCAUUAAUUAUAUCAAUAAUCUAGAAACUGAUUCAGCUUAUGCUUAUUGGCCAUCUUCGCUGCAUACAUUGUUCAAUUUUGAUUUUUCUGGUGGUCUACGUAGAAUACGUAAAAAUUUAUAUAAUGUUAUCUUAAUCAUUGAUCCAGUUUCAAUGGAAAGUCGUGAAAUGUUAAAAUUAACUGAAUCUUUUCUUUUGCAUAUGACAGCAAUACGUUUCGGUAUUAUUUGGGCAGUAAAUCCAAAAGUGAAUUCAACUAGUCUCAUAUUAACUCGUAUCUUCUCGUAUAUAUCAUCUAGUAUUAUUAAUUCACGUGAAUCACCAUUUCCUGUACAAAUUGAUGGUUUAGGCUCACCUGGUCCAAUGGCUGCAUUAUCAUUUUUAACUGAAAUUUAUGCGAAUGCUGAAAAAUCUAAUCAAAAUGAAUUAAGUAUGGAUUUAAUUAAACGUAAAUUUGAGAAAUUAUUUCCAUCAGCUGAUUCUGAUGAUAUAUUUACACCGUUACCGGGUAAUAGUGAUUAUGAUAAUGAAGUUACUUCUCAUCAUGAAUUUCUUAUUCGAUCUGGACUUCAAUCAAUCAAGAAAAUUCCAUUGUUACUUUUCAAUGGAAUUAUAUUAGAUAAUGAAGGGAUUAGAAAAAUUGGUGGUUUUGAAGAUACGGUGGUUACUUUGUGCAUGGAAGAAUUAAUGCGUGUACAGACAGCUGUGUUUCAAGGUCAAAUGAGCAAUUCUCAAACAAUAUUUGAUUUAUAUCAAAAGACUGCAACUAUUGUUCCACGAUUUAAUACACGAUUAUUAAAUAAAAAGAAAGAUAACGCGAAUCAAGGCGGAUCUGCUACAUCACCGAAAUAUAUCAAUUUCAAUGGAUAUUCUAUGUCAAAGAGCAUGUUGGAUGAAAAUGUACCACCACUUCCACAAUUGUUAGAAUCAUUCAUGAAUCAGAUGCGCUACUUUCAAAAAGGAGAUUUAGAAGCAUCAAUUCGACCAAUUACAAUGUGGAUAGUUAUUGGUGAUUUAGAUGAAAUUGUCAAUUCAUCAAAUUUACCCGAAACAGAUCGUCUUCAACUUGAAAUGGAUUUCAAUUUAGCCUUGAAUGCAAUAACAUUUCUACGUGGUAGUCAGUCGACAAAAGGUUUACGUAUCGGUUUUAUCUAUAAUCCAUUAUUGACCAAAUUAACUAAGAGCACAGAUAAAGCAGCAACCACAACACCAUCAUCGCCAUCAUCAUCAACAACUGAUCGUUGGUUAACACGUGUACUUUAUCUGGUCGGUCAUCCAUUGAACACAUCCUCAUCUGAUCAAUUGAAUAAUGAAUUAGUGGCUAAACGAAAAUAUACUGAACAAAUGCCAGCACGUAAUUUUGCUUUACGUCUAUUCAAAGAAAUGUUAGAAUCGAUGAAAACUUCUAAACCAAUUAAAUCAUUAGAAGAACUUUUAGUUUCAGGCAUGGAUUUCAAACAAAUACAUGAUGCGAUCCAGUUAAUUGAUCGAAAUGAUUUUAUGCAAAUGCAUUCAACAAUUGCUCGUCAUAUUAUUGGUUUGAAACCGGGUGAACGGGCGGUUGUGGUGAAUGGUAAAAUAGUCGGCCCAUUUGAACCAUUUGAAGAAUUUACCUCGGAUGAUUUUCGUCUAGCAGAACGUUUAGCAUUGAAAAAUGGUGCUAAAGAGCUUGGCGAUAAAUUAGACAACAUUUUGGACAAAACAGUCGGUGGUCCUGACACCAUCUCAGAACUUACUUGGCGAUUAUCUUCAGUUCUUCAAUCCGGUAUUGAAGCUACCAGUUCAGUGAUAUCUGAAACGUCUUCCGUAGAUGGUAUUUCUGAUAAAAGUCAAAAUGGACAUAGAAUAAAUCUUCAAGAUGUAUCAUAUAAUCAUUCAGGUUUUAUUAUUCACGGGAAUAAAGAGAAACCAAAUUUUGAACUGGUUGCUAUUAUGGAUCCAGCUUCACGUGAUGCACAACGCUUGUCUCAUAUAUUGAUUGUAUUACAACAUUCUUUACCAUGUACAAUAAAAGUGUUAUUCAAUCCAUCACCGUCAUUAUCUGAAUUACCGGUGAAAAGUUUUUAUCGAUUCGUUUGGGAACCAUCAUUAUUUCCAGAAAAUGAAUCUCUACCAAAUCCGUCUGUUAUUGUACCACGUGCUUAUUUCACUCAUUUACCUGGUCAAUCUUUGCUUACUCUGGGUAUGGAUGAACCACAUGGUUGGAUGGUUGCUGCUAUUAAAGCUGAACAAGAUUUAGACAAUCUCCGUCUGAUUGAUUAUCGUUCUACACAACAUUUAGUAGAAGCUGUUUUUGAAUUAGAAUAUCUUUUACUUGAAGGUCAUUGUGUUGAAGAGGCCAGUAUGAAGCCACCACGUGGAUUACAAUUCACUGUUGGUCCUACACCAACUACUAUAACAUAUGAUACAAUUGUUAUGGCUAAUUUGGGUUAUUUUCAACUUAAAGCUAAUCCUGGUGCUUGGCAUUUAAAUAUUCGAGCAGGCAAAUCACAAAGACUUUAUGAAAUAUCAGGUCAAGAGCAUACAGAUACACCUAUUCAUUCUAAAGAAAUUAUCACGUUGUUAAGUAAUUUCCGUUCAAAAAUUAUUGAAGUCUAUGUGAAUAAACGUGCAGAAUACGCUAAUGAAAAUAUGUUAGAUGAUGAUAAUCAAAAUAGUAAUGACGAUUCCGAUGGUUGGUUAAAUAAACAUUCUGAAGUUUGGUCUACUUUGUCAAAUUAUGCCGAUGAAUAUUGUCCUUCAUGGUUAAGUGGUUUAAAACAUUCACUUCAAUCCCAUUUACCUUGGCAUAAAUGUAGUUCAAAUCAAGUGACGAUCAAUAUUUUCUCAGUUGCUUCUGGUCAUUUAUAUGAACGAUUACUAAGAAUUAUGAUGUUAACUGUAUUACGACAUACAAAUUCACCAGUGAAAUUUUGGUUUUUAAAAAAUUAUCUCUCACCAACAUUUAAAGAUUUUAUACCGUAUAUGGCAAAAGAAUAUGGUUUUGAAUAUGAAUUUGUUCAAUAUAAAUGGCCACGUUGGUUACAUGCACAAACAGAGAAACAACGUAUAAUAUGGGGUUAUAAAAUUCUAUUCCUUGAUGUAUUAUUCCCAUUGAAUGUGACCAAAAUUAUAUUUGUUGAUGCUGAUCAAAUUGUUCGAGCUGAUCUCAAAGAAUUAGUCGAUCUAGAUUUAGGCGGUGCACCUUACGGUUAUACACCAUUUUGUGAUUCCCGCAAAGAAAUGGAUGGUUUUCGAUUUUGGAAACAAGGUUAUUGGGCAAAUCAUUUAUCUGGUCGACCAUAUCAUAUUUCAGCAUUGUAUGUUGUGGAUUUGACAAGAUUUCGUCGUUUAGCCGCUGGUGAUCGACUACGUGGUCAAUAUCAUGGUCUAAGUCAAGAUCCAAAUAGUCUGUCGAAUUUAGAUCAAGAUUUACCAAAUAAUAUGAUUCAUCAGGUUCCAAUUAAAUCAUUACCACAAGAAUGGUUAUGGUGUGAAACAUGGUGUUCAGAUGAAAGUUUGGCUAAGGCGAAAACUAUUGAUCUAUGCAAUAAUCCACGUACUAAAGAACCGAAAUUAACUGCAGCAAUGCGUAUUGCUCCUGAAUGGAUUGAUUAUGAUCGUGAAAUUAAAAAAUUAUGGAAACGUACUUAUCCGUCUAGUACUACUACUGAAGGCAGUAGUAGUAGUAGUAGCGAUAGUAUUAAAACGUCUGCUCCUGAGUUUUCUACUGCUUCAACCAUAUCCGAGCCUCCGCCUUCUGAAGAAAGUUCAGUGGACACCUCAAAAAUUGAUGAUCAUACAGUGAAAACGGAAUUGUAGGUCUGCUGUGAAUAAUUUUUUCCUUACACCAGAUUCAAUAUUUCUGAUAACAAGCGGCGAUGAAUUCUUUUCUUUUUUUUUUUCACUCAUUGAUCAUGAUGUAUAAAUUAAAUGUUCAUUUGUAUUUGGCUGUGUGAAUGAAUGCUGUAUUCUUUUUUUUUUUGCGUUCUAUCAAUGAAUGGAACUACUUUUUUUAUUUUUUUUUUCUUCCCUAACUAAAAUCCAUUCUGUUUGGCACCAUUGAUUGUAUUACAUAUCGUUUUUUUCAAGAGAUUCGUCGUCUUUAAUUGUUGCCGGUUCUUGUUCAUUCCUUAUUGUCUUUACUUAUUUUUUGUUGUCUUUUGAAAUUCCUUUUUCAUCUGUUUUUCUUCCUCUUCAACCAAACAAACGAACAAAAGUUUUCGAUCACAAUGAAAAAAAAAGUACACCUCUUUCUUUGUAUUGUAUUAUGUAUAGUCUGUAAUAAGUUUUUAAUGCAUAUAUAUAUAUAUAGAUAUAUAUAAGUAUUACAUUGUUUUAUAUUGUACCUCCCUGUAUUCUGUUUGACUUGAUUGGUUUGUUUGUUUGUUUAAAGUAGUAACCGUUGAAAAUGUAAACAAAUUUUUUUUUUAAAUUUUAUAUUAUAUCAUUAUGAAAGAUUCACCAUGUCCAUCAUAUAUUCCAAUUGGGAAUGAUUAUCAUAAUGUAUGUAAAAUGAGUCAGUGUAUAAUGUGUUU